AUGGUCAGGCACCAGUCGCAAGAACCCUUCCUUCUACGCGAGUCCAUGGAAACACCAAAGGGUUUUGGCAAGGCCAAUUCGGGCCGGAAAGGCCUGCGGCAAUUUCUUGUCAGCAACCCAGAAGUCAUUCUCGCAAUGGCUGUCGGCAUCGCCUGUGUCAUGGCCAUUUUCGGCUUCACGCUCUGGCUGAGCAGACAGCUAUUUGAAUGCCCGGCUUGGGCCAUAGGUUGCGACAUCCCAUCCUCGGUCGCGAGCAUGGCGGACAAUCUUGGAUUGGUCCAGGGCAUCAUCGCUGCAGUGUACGCUGUUUCCAUGGCCGGACCCGUCUAUACAGUAUGCGCCCUCGGCGAGGCGGCAGUGUGGCCAAUCUUGAACAAGCAAGCGAAGACUCUGAAAGAGCUGGACUCCUUCCUCUCUGCUGCUCGUGGAUCCAUCGCAUCGUUGCCCUUGGCGUACAUGGCCACCCGCUCGACCGAAGCCCUAGUGGUGAUUCUGUGCAUCACCAUCGCAACAAUUACCCCGUUGACCGUCUCGCCUCUCGUUGGAUACGCCUACACUCGACAUGAUGUGUCAACUGAGUAUAUUGGCAAUUAUAUGGCUGGAGGAGUCCUAAGGAACAAGUUCAUCCAGAAAAAUCCUCCCGUUCGUCUCCCUGCGGCCGCCGCCCAGGCUUUCAAUCUCUAUACCUCUUGGUCCAGUAACCUGUCUUCUGAGGCGAUGCCAAACGUCCGAGAAUUCAUCGUCAAUCGUAACCGGUUGGCCGAUCGAGGAGUGGUAUCGGUCAAUGCCGUGAAGGUCGAGAAGCGCAUAAACUGCAGUGGGCACGCUGUCGAAUUAACCGACUACGACAAGGUCUCCGUCACAGCAGACACCAAGAUGGCGGGAAACAGCAGCAACACUACGCGGAUCAGGGUGCAGCCCGUGCUCACUCUAUGGGUUGAUGAUAUCAAAUACGUAAGCGAGACAAGGACGGUAUCGACCCUUGUAUUCGCAGCCAUCAACGGCACUAUCGAGAACGGCGAGUCUUCGGAACCAACAAAAGCAAUGAAAGACCAAGGCUAUACCGGCGUGUCGGCCGUAUCCUGUGAUGUCGAUGUCAGUUUGGUUGACUCUUCAUUCGAAAUUGGCAGUGGAACGUCAAAUUUCACUACAGUUUCCAAUCUGGAUAUGCUGGAAGGGCCUACCAGCCCGGAGUCCCCGUACGGUGAUCUUGGCGACAUGGCUGCAUGGUUUGGGGCCGUACCAUCGGUCAUGGGUCUCAGCGUGCAUGGAACACAGCCCAUGUUCGUGGACUCACAGCCUCUUCCAAAGGCGUAUGCUACUUGGACGGGGCCACAAACGUUCCAUUGGAAGCUCGACACAAUUCACAAAUUCAUCAACGUCAGCUCGGGGGCCUUGGCCACGUCGUUGCACUACAUCGAAGGUAGCGAUGAGCCAAGCACCAAUUCAACGAGCCAAACUCUGGUAUCACGAAAGAACAUGAAAAGAAUGAACCCUUCGCGGGCGUAUUACCUGCUCAUCCCGCCUCUGGUAGUAUUGGCCAUCAUCGGCUCUCUGGCUUCCUGGAGUUACUGGAUUCACAAACGUGCAAACAUACCCAUCAUGCGUUUGGCCCACGUCUCGGAGGUGAUCAAGAGUUCGCAGACUGCAGACAUUUCGGAGCCGGCCAGUGAGGACGCGAAGAUACCGAACCAGCAAUCCAGCCUGAAAACCAUGAAGGUGAAAUUUGGAGUCGCGACUGGCGGAGUUGUCGGGCUCGGCGAGGAUGUAGAAGACUUUUGA